UUCAGUGGAACGGAGACAUGGAGCCACCAGAGGUCAAUAUGGGUCGUACCUUUGUGGAGGUGAUGAGUGAAAAGUACAGCCCGGAGAACUUCCCAUACCGCCGAGGACCUGGCAUGGGCGUAGUGGUGGUGCCCACCUUAGGUCCCCAAGGUUCCCCCAUGAAAGACCGUCUGAACCUGCCCAGUAUGCUGGUGUUGAACAGCUGUGGAAUCAGAAGGGCAGGAGAACAGGCUGAAAUUGCUGCCUUCUGAACCCACGUGGUGGAACUGGACCUGUCCCAUAAUAAGCUGCAGGACUGGCAUGAGAUCAGUAAAAUUGUCUCCAACAUUCCCAACCUGGAGUUCCUCAACUUGAGCUCUAACCCACUGGCAGGAAUGACCCUUGAGCCAAGGUGCGCUGAAGCCUUCUCCCGAGUCCGACGCCUCGUCCUCAACAACACCCAAGUGUCAUGGGACACUAUGCUGCUGCUCACCCAACAGAUACCCGAUCUGGAGGAGUUGUUCCUGUGCCUUAAUGAGUACAGUUGCGUGAGCACCUCCAGAUUGGCCUGCCCCAGCCUGCGCCUGCUUCACAUCACUGACAACAGCCUCCAGGACUGGGCCGAAGUCCGCAAGUUUGGUUCCAUGUUCCCCGGCCUGGAUACUCUGAUUAUGGCCAAUAACAACUUGGCCUCCAUUCAGGACAGCAAGGAAAUCCUGCAACGUCUCUUCCCCAAUCUACGCAGCAUCAACCUGAACAACGCAGGUCUUAACCGAUGGGAAGACAUUGAGAAGCUGAACUUCUUCCCCAAGUUGGAGGAGGUGCGACUGCAGGGCAUUCCCUUGCUGCAGGCCUACACCAAUAUGGAGCGACGCAGCCUCAUGAUAGCACAGUGA